GAGAGAGAGAUGAAAGAGAGAGAGAGAGAGAGAGAGAGGGGUGAAAAAUUACCCAUUUCCCAUGCGUACCUCACAUGACCUAUCACGUGACGACAUCACGUGAUUUUCUAGACUUUUCCGGGGGAACAAAUAUUGCCAAUAGAGUUUCUUGGCUAUAGUUUACACAUACCUCACGUGACCUGAAAAGGAUGAUCUGAUUGGCCGAAAACCUUUGGAAAAUUGUAUAAAAGUUCAUGCAGAGGGUUAAGGUAAUCACUCGCCAGCUAGACGCUGUUGAAAAAAUGUCUUGAAUGUUAUCUACUCGCUGCUCCUGCAAGCUGAGGAAUUCACCUAGAAUUUGUGCCUUAUUUUUCAAUGAGGAGACAGUGGACGCUACCCUACCAUUCAUUUCCAGUGGAUAUUCUCAGCUGUGGAAUGCCCCAGACCUGCUCCUUUAUCUGUACUCAUCUGCCAACAAAGUCUCCGAUGAGGACUAUACACCUCUGAAACUCUCUGGAACAAGUGAUCUCUCUGGUAAGCUUUCUAUCCGUUGUUUGACUAGUAAAAAUACCUGGCUCUUUGGACAUACUACUUUGAUUCUGCAAAGCAUAACUUUUAUACAUGGAGGAAUCCGAGUCCGACCCAGAAGAAUCGGCCGUGGAAGCCAUGCAGAGGGCAAGGUAAUCACCCGCCAGCUAAACACUGUUGAAAAAAUGUCUUGAAUGUUAUCUACUCGCCACAAGCCGAGGAAUUUGCCUGGAAUCAGUGCCUUGUUUUACAACAAGGAGACAGUGGACGAUUCCCUACCGUCCACUUCCAGUGGAUAACCUCAGCUGCGGGAUGCCCCAGACCCACUCUUCUAUCUGUACUCAUCUGCCAACGAAGUCUCAGAUGAGGACUAUACUCCUCCUUGGAAACUCUCCAGGAAAAGUGACCUCUCUGAAAUUGAAAUCUCUGGCUGGUUCAACGGUGAAGACUCGGAUUGGGAGGAAUCCGAGUCUAACUCUGAAGAAUCAGCUGUGGAGUAUGACUCAGAAGUGGAUUAUGACUAUGUCCUGCUGGUGGAUACUUCUUUGGACUCAGACGAGCCCCUUGCAGAAUACGCCAGGCGAGAGUGGGAGUACAACACUCCCAGAACUCCUUUCGUUUGGUUGAAGGAGAACUUCAUCUGGCGUCACUGCUUUGAGGGGACACUGGGUGUGCACACACACCUUGACAGAUUGUCCAGCCCACUGGAUAUAUUCAACACAUUAUUCCCAGAGUUGUUCCAGACAAUUGUGGACGAGACAAAUCGGUAUGUGCUCGUCCAACGGUCCAGAGGCAGGUUAUACAGCAGCCUUCAAUAUCUAUAUGGGGCCUUCAAUAUCUAUAAGGGGCAAGAUUGCAGCGAGUUUCCAGCAACCUAAUGGAGAAGGCAAAGCUUCUCGACAAGGGUUAUCAGUUGUACAUUGACAACUGGUAUUACUCCCCGACUCUCUUCCACUGUCUGCAGAUAUGUUUUCUGAAGCA